AUGACUCCAAAAUAUUUAAUGUACUAUCUUUUCAUCGGAUUAUUAAAAAAUGUGAAGUGCCAGAUUCCUGUAUUCCCAAUCGCUCUGGAGAAUGAACUCGUUGCUCAAAAUGGUCUUGGAUGGCCUUCAGCUAUUCAAGUGGCAAAAGGAAAUGAAGUUCUCAUGAAGUUGCGUGUCUCUUUGGAGAAUCAAAACACAUGUACUGUAACUGAUCCAAAAGGGUUGAAAUUUGAUAUAAGUUCACCGCCUAGUAGUAAGUAUCAAAAAUGGAAUGAUGGCUGCAGUAUUAGAGUCCGGAACAUUACAUUUGAAGACGAAGGUCGUUGGCGCCUGACAGCUUCUGAAGGCAGUAAAUCAAUAACAGGAUGGAUCGAAGUUACUGUGCUAGAAAAAACAAGUACGUACACAGCACCGCCAAUAUCGCUCCAAGAUGGAGAAACGCAAACUAAAGUGGAUUUGUCAUCAUUAGACAAUGCUUAUUGUGUUGUAGCGAAGCCAUUUUCAGAAAGUUCUCUAAUACCUGGUAAAUGUAGCGUGACUUUAGAUCGAACAACGAGAGCUGUUCAGGGAAAUUGGCAAAUUUAUUUAGGAUUGCCCGGUACUGUAUCCGAAGUCCAAGCUAAAAGACACGUUACCGUGCAAACGGAGCACUUAGAUGUCGGAUAUGUUCGUGAUGCGAGUAAUCGGUUACAUCUUUACUGCAAUAUAUUGCAUACGACAAAGAAUAUAACUUUUUGUCGCUUUCAAAAGACAUCUAAUCCUUAUGGGUAUAAUGUGAUCGACGGACUCAGUGAUGGUAGUCAUAGUUACUACGGCAAAGGUUUUGAUUUGAAGCAAUGUGGAAUGACAAUAGAGAAACCAACAUCUGAAGAUUACGGAACAUGGCGUUGUUCUGUGGGAGUGCAAAUGUUUGUAGGCACUCAGAUCCAGCAGCAGACCCCUAUGCAAGCCUUAAUAAGUGUCACACAUACUUCAACUUCUACAUUCAUUAGAAAAGGAACAAAUGAAGACAGGCCAAGAACGAUAUUUGUUCAAGAAGAUUCUUCAUUUACAAUAACAUGUAAUUCUGCUACUUCUUUGUCUUAUUGUUGGUUUCAACACCCCAAUGGAACUCAGUAUACUCCCGUGAAACUUGUUAGCGAGGAACAACUAUUUUGGUAUACUGGUGAAAGUCUCGUAGUAGGUCAUUGUGGUAUUACCUUUGCGCACGCUUCGAUUGAAGACGACGGUAAAUGGUUAUGUUCCAUGGGGCCACGGUCGAGUUUAGGUGUAGAAAUGACGGACACCGUUCAAGUAAGAGUCACAGGACCAUUAGCUGCCAAUCAGAAAAACGUACCGGUACGAAUAGGAGGAAAUGCAACGUUGUAUUGCCAUACGGCGAAUGGUAGGAGACCAUUAAAAUACUGCCGAUUUUUGUCGCCUAAAUUUGUCGGCAUGAACAUUGAUUCGUCUGUUACACCUGAAAACGCAAUCCUAAAUCGGUAUUACUUUACUCCUGAGAGAGAGCUCAAUUUUGGGGAUUGUUCGCUAAGUAUUUUGUCCGUCGAAGAGGAUGAUAUCGGGUCUUGGACAUGUGCAGCCGUAGUUGAUAACGAGAUUUUGGAGUCAAGAGAUACUAUACUGGUAUCUAUUGAUGAUCAACGCCGCAAUUAUCAAUUCCAAGCCAGUAUUAUCGGAAUGUCUGUAGGUCUAUCGGUUCUUGUUAUAGUUUUAAUUGGUAUUAUCGCGUACAAACGAACUUGGGUACAAUAUUUCUAUUGUACAAGGAAGCCAACAGUUUCAGAUGAGUUUUCUUUACAAAGACGUAUUGCUACUUCAAGCAGUAUUCAAAGUGGUAGUAGCAACGAAUAAACUGAACAAAGGUCGAAAAUAAAAUCAUCAUCGGAAAGUGCAAAUUAACAAAGCCUUGAUGUCAUCGCUUUUACGGUCAAUUAUUUACUUUAAAAAACAUUUUAAAUAAAUAUUGAUGCUGUUUAGAUUUAAAUUGUUACUCACAGACAGAAAACGUAGCUAGGUUUAUUGGCUUAUUUGAAGAAGAUUUACACAAUGAGCCGUUUAAUGUUUUAUUAUAACGAAUUGGACUUAGUAUUUUACGUGAAACACAUAGGGAUCCACAACAACGCCCAGAACGAAAUAAUUUUCGGCGAACCGCGAAUAACGACUGCUCUGGGUUGUUAGAAUUAAGAUGUAUUAUUGAUC